UGUUCGUGAUUUGAUCCAGACAAGAUGUUUUAUGACAAUGAUCACAGCAUUUUGGACCUUGGUCAACAACCCAUGCAGCUUGCUACAACACUUUAGUAGUGGAAGCAUUGAAUGAUUCAAGUGAUGUAGCUGCAAAUCAAGAAGAUUAAAACACGAAGCAUGUUUACCUCUAUGUGGAAUUUCAUCAAACGCCACAAAAAGAAGUUUGUGUUCAGUGGUUUUCUCGUAGGAGGUGGUGUAUACUUGUACAAGUAUGCUCAGAGGAGAUUUAAAGAUAUCCAGGAAAAAGAAGCAGCAGAAUGCCUGAAACAUGCCAGGCAACAGCAUCAUUUUGACAGUAAUCAAAGGACGUGUAAUAUGACAGUGAUAUCAAUGCUUCCGACCCUGAGAGAAGCUCUGAUAAAGAAAUUUGAUACUGAUGCUGUGAAAGAAUCUCUCAAAAACAGUCCAGAAAACAAACUAGAGCUAUGGGAAAAAUUGAAAGUUAUGAGCCUGACCAGAAUCAUCUGUGUGCUGUACGGCUGUAGUAUCCUCUGUCUUGUUCUGCGUGUUCAGCUCAAUAUCGUCGGCGGUUACAUGUUUCUGGACAGUAUGUUCAACCGCAACGGAAUGACACAGAAUAUGGCAGUGGUUCCAAAAGAGCUACAAGAGAGAUACCUGUCUUUGAUACGACACUUCAUGGAUUAUGGACUGUUUCAGUUGUGUGAUGUGAUUCAUGAAGCUGUAGAAAAAGAAAUUAAAAGCGUGUCUCUGAAGGAGCGUUUAUCCUUCCAUAACCUUAAAGCCAUCAGUGACCAAAUCCGUGAACGUAUCGAGAGCAGUCCCGAGAUCUCCGACCUUCAGUCUCCCACCCUCAUGCUGUGUACCUACAUGUUACCAUCUGAAAGUCACACCAGUAUGGAAACUGAAAAUGCACAAGAGAAAAUGUACCAACAGCUGGUUCAAGAAACGAGGGAUGUUUUAGAGAGUCCCGACUUCCAUGCCGUCCUGCACACGUGUCUCAACCGGGGAUUCGCUAAGCUGUUAGACAGCAUGGCUGACCACUACAGGGAGGCUGCGACUGACCAGCAACAGAACCUCCACGAGGUCGGGAUUCCUAUGGCCAAGCUUGUUCCUGUGAUGAGUGGUCUGAUGUUCAAGCUGUGUAGCGACACUCCAAACCCUCUGAUUCAGGAGUUACUUCUACUUGACCAAACAAAGACAUUGGCUGCCAAUAUCUACGAGGCAUUUAGUCAGCAGGAAGAACUGGCAGCAAUAAUACAACAGGAAGUUUAAAUACAUCUGUAUUCCCUGUUUUGGCACCAAUGACAGUUCUUGUCAUAGUGGUGCUUCAAAGUCUCUCUUACAAAACCUGUGCUUCAGGAAGUGAUGAAAUUAGUAGCAGUCCUAGUUAUAAGCUUCCUACUCUUUGACCAAUCAGAGCUUUGUUUUCUCACAACCUCAUUGUUUCUCUGAAAUUGAAUUGGUUUUACAAAUCUAUGGAAUUUUGGUAUUAUAUUUUGUAAGAUUUGUUUUGGUAUAAUUAUAUCUCUUACCUCUGUUAUUCUAAAACUGUCUACUUAAACAUACAGAUAUAAUUUAAAGUUAACUUGACAAGCUAAGAAACCAUUUCAGUGGAUGGAAGAGCUGGACCAUGGUUGUUGUGUAAUUAAGGUUUACGACAUAAUUUCACGGUGUCAGUACUCUUUGAUCAGGAAAGCUAUUGUCUGGGAUUUUAAGUCCAUGUGUAGGUUUUGUAUUAAGCCUGGGAUUUUAAGUCCAUGUGUAGGUUUUGUAUUAAGCCUGGGAUUUUAAGUCCAUGUGUAGGUUUUGUAUUAAGCCUGUUUCAAUUAACUCCUGUAAAACAAUGAGUUUACAAUUGAACAAACCAUUCCAACGACAUAAAUGAUAGCACCCAGGUGUCAGAGCCUGUGUGUGAAGUAUAUUGUGGCCCUAGUGUCAGAAUGGAUUUUUACAUUUCUUUUUCCUCCUACAAUUAAAAUUGUGGUAGGGGGGAAAUCUAUAUACAGUAUGGUGGCAAUGUGAGUCUGAUAGGGAAAACAAUACAAAGGGUAUCAUGACUUUGUGUAGCGAUGAAAUGUAUGGUUGUACAGUGUAUCGGAAUCCACCCACCAGUUGUUUCUAGUGUAUCGGAAUCCACCCCCUAGUUGUUUCUAGUGUAUCGGGAUGUAGAUUGGUGCGAAGGUGUGUAUACAUGUAAUUAGGAGAGAAUGUGUAAAUGUAAGUAGAUGAGUGAGUAUACAUGUGUGAAGGAGUGUGUACAAUGUGUAUGUUGUAAUGGUGGUAUUUAUACAGAGGUAGUGUAAAUGUAAAAAUCUAGUGAUUUAAAGCACACUGACUGAUGUUUAAAUGGAAUAUUUGUUGAACAUUCUUUUGAUUUCUGUACUGGUAUACUCUGUAUAUAAUGAAAACCUGUACAUUAUGAUACUAUAAUAGCCCAUUUUAUAUAAAAAAAUAUAUCAUGAAAAACGUAAUCUACAUCUCAUUUUUCCUCCCAAAAGAAGGUGAAGCAUUAUUCUAACAUUAUGUAGCAUUUGUCUGUGUACAGACCCUAGUAUAUAGACGUUAUGUAAGAUACACAAUAGGUUUGGAUUAUUUUGAUCAAAUGGCUUAAAAUUUAACAAAACAAUUUAACUGCAGAUUAUUGUAAUACAUUAUGUAUGUUUUUAGCUGAAAGGGUUGAGACCAAGUGGUAAACAACCCCAAAUCCAAAUUACAUUUGUACUAUAAGGCGACGGUAAACUCCGUUGGUGUAGCACUAGUGCAGGUUGACAUUUGUACUAUAAGGCGACGGUAAACUCUGUUGGUGUAGCACUAGUGCAGGUUUACAUUUGUACUAUAAGGCGACGGUAAACUCCGUUGGUGUAGCACUAGUGCAGGUUUACAUUUGUACUAUAAG